AUGCAGUCUAGGUCUGGAUUUGAUGUCAAACGUUUUGUUCAACUCUCCAGAACCAAGGAGUUGUUUGACAACACUAUCAAGGCCAACAACUCUGGAGCAAAAAAUAAUAAUUUAGGAGUAGCAAAGAAACAGAUAGCAAAGGCACAGAGAAAUAUUGGAAUAGCAAAGAAACUAAGGAAGAAUUCACAGAAUGUUUUAAAAGACAUUAUAAACAUAUCCUCUGCCUUGGGAAAUGAUAAAGAAGCUACGCACUCAACCCCUCAGGUUAUAUGA